UUUACGUGUGGUAGGGGGUGACGAGUAGAGUAAGCGACUUUCCUUCGAGAGUGCUUUAUAAUAAUCGGCAAAUAUUGAUGUGAAAGAGAAAAUGUGUUGAUUUUGACUCGCAGUAUGCAUGUGACGCGUCUCAGCGGUAUAUGCAACGCGCGGCAGUUUUGCGUGCGCUCAGCGUAAAGACUAUUCGCGAAGACGCGAACGGCAUAGCCCGCCGUGCCCAUCGUGAACAGUGCAGCUCUUCCCAGAACUCUUCUCAAUAAAAUGGAUUAUCGCGAAAAGAUGGUUGUAGUUCCUCAAACAAAAAUCAAAACCGAUGAUGACGACGACGAGGAUUUGGAAACAUUAAGAAUGGUAGCACUUCAGUCAAUUCGAGCUAAGGACACAGCACGUAACAGACAACCGAUAUUACCACAAAUAACGCAGCCAUCUCGUAUCCCAUACAAAAAUCAACGGCCUAUAAGAAGGAAUUUUCAUUACAACAGAACACAACAAAGGCAAAAUGGCAAUGUAUAUUAUCAGAGCCCUCGUAAUCCAAACCUUAUAGCAAUAGUUCCUGUAGAUGAACCUUCACCACUCCAACAAAUUGGAACAGUUUGCCCUGUCAAUGUAGAAAAGACUGAGUCAAAAGUAGAACCAUGCCCUCAAGAAAUAUCAAAAUUUCAUCGUUUCAAAGACAAUGGAAGUGCUUCUGAAGAUGAAGAUACGAAGGAGUCGAAAAACACUGCAAAACUGUCUGUAAAGACAGAAGUUACAGCAAAGGAGGAACCGACAGAGGCUUUGGUAGAGACAGAGACUCAAGAAGAGGUUACAGAGACUUCGCAGAAGAACGGAGAAGACCAGGAGGAAGACGGUAAUGAUGACGACGACGAUAUACUUCUAAUGGCUGACCUCGAAGAAGAAGACAGUCUGGAACGUUUGAUGGAUGAGAUGGAGCGAGAAAUGAAUGUGGGCAAACCGUUAGAGAAGAAAGAGAAGAAAUCGAGCAAAGGUGAAGGAAAGAACUUGACGAGGCACGAGGAGAACAGUAAAGCCACCGAGAAGCCACCACAAAGAACAAAAUCGGACGAGAGCUGUUCCGGCAAAAAGGAUAGGAACAACGUCACGACCGCUUCGUCCUUAACCACAGUCAAGAGCGAGAGAAGAUCGGUCUCGCCGCAUAUAGUGACCCGCGUGAAUCAGAAGCGCAGAUCAUUGUCGCCGAGGUCACGACCGCGCAAGAAGUCACCAAGAAGAUCGCCUAGAAGAUCCCCGCCGAGACAAUCGAGGAGAUCACCGAGAGAAUUGAUGAGGUACCGAUCACCGCGAAGAUCUCCGUCGCGAUACUCGCCGCGACCCAGAUCGCCCAAACUUUCGCCACGCAGGUCCCCGAAUCGUACGUUGUCCACGAAAAGAUCACCCCUGAGGAAGCUGUCCCCGAGAGGCAGAUCACCUAAGCUCUCCUCGCGCUCCCGGUCGCCACGGCCGCUGAGAUCGAGAUCGCCGAGAAGAUUGUCACGCUCCAAAUCGCCACGGCCACGCACGCCGAAAGUUCGCUCGCGUUCCAGAUCGCCGCGACUGUCGAGAUCGCGGACGCCGAGGUCUUCGCCUCUGAGGCUAUCGCCGCCACUGCACCGAUCGCCCAAGUCCAAGUCCCCCAGGUCACCUUCCAGGAGAACGCCUCCGCGAAGAUUACCGUCCAGGUCUAGGUCGCCCGGUCUAUCGCCUCUUCGUAGAGGAUCAUCGCGCUUGCAGUCACCCAAAGUAUCGCCACGCAGGACUCCACGCAGGUCUCCGUGGUCCUCCCCGAGAAAUUCGCCGCGGCUACCUUCGCCUAGGCGCAGACGGUCCCCGAAGUGGUCGCCGAAAGAAUUACCUAGGAAGCACGGACCGCGUUCGGCCACUCCGGACAAUCCGGCCAGCUUGUAUGCGAGAGAACCAUCGCCGAGCUUCAAAAGCGCAACGACACCGGAGAUGGCACGGCUGAAGUCUAAACAGAAGGAUGAGCAGCCAUAUGAGAAACCGGUGACAACGAUGGAGACGGCGAAGGAGCCCGUGGAUGUGAUCAACGACCCUGUGCUCGAAGCGAGAAGGAAGAAGUUUGAGUCCACGCGGCCUAUCGAUCCGGUGAACGCCAACAAAAAGAUCAAAUUAUGCAAGAAACACACGGCGACCAAGAUAGAGACCUCGGAAACAAUAGAGAUUCAGUUGGGCGGAAUGAGGAAGAUCAACAAGUCGUCGGACGAAUAUGAUAUCCAGGAGGUAGAUCUGUGUCUGGAAACCAGUUACGAGUUCGAGGAGCUUGAAGGAGCGGACGAUGCGUCUUCGGGCGCCAUUACGAGCUCCAUAAAUACGUGUAUAGAUGUGGAGCCGCAAAAAGCGGAGGAGAAGCCGCCGAAGAAGAGGAAGAAGCGCGACAAGGAGUUGUAUCAAGUGGGGAAGCUGAAGAGCGAACUGCCACUUUCCGAGCGCAUCGGCAAGGAGAAGUGCAAGAAGCGCAAAGAGAUCGUCUCCGACGGCCCGAGCGAGGACGUCGACGCUAUAUUCGAGGACCUGGCGAUAGACGAGGAGGGAGACUUGCGAGCAGAGCUCAGCAGGAGGCGCGCUGAGAGAUUGAAUAGAACAGUUCCCAUUCAGUCCGCUAGAUUAGUGCAGUCGGCCUUUAAAGGCGUCGUCAACGAAGUUGUGAAGAAUAAUGCCAAGGCCAAUCAGAGGCAUGUCAUUAAUACUGACGAGAAAACAAAUCAAAAAGAAGUCCGACGAGUUACAGUUCUACAUCGAUCUGUAUCUGAGUUACAUGAUUCUGAAGAUGAGACCACUCUUGAUUCCAAAGUGCCGGUGCGUUUUCGGCUCGGUCUCAACAAACAAGAAUCCAGGGAAUCCAAGGUUACUCGAAAAGCACCCAAAAGACAGGGUCGUAAGGUAAAGCACAAAAAUCAUAUGUCUCUAAAAGAUCCUGAGCAUAUUUUGUAGUGUACAUUAUGCCUUUAUAGGUGUCAUUCUUUAUAAUUAUAUUUAUAAGUAGUGUGUGUGAUAAAUCUUCGUCCACUGAGUUCAAUUGCCACCUUUAUAACACCGAGUCACGGCAAAUUUCCGAACUAGCAAGUAACGAGAUCCUCGAGUUAUUGCGCGAUAUCUCAUCGGAACGAUGAUCAACCGUUUUAAUCACACUCGCUUCACAAAUAUCUAACCAUUACUCGCAACGCGUUUAUUUAGGCAGAAGUAUCGCAUGUCGAUAGAAGUCAAAUUUUAUUGUCUCGCAGAGAACGUUUUCGUCAGUCGGACGAAAAUAUUAUGAUCAAAAUACGACAAUUUAUGUCAGUCCAGAUCGAUCAACCACAUGAAACGGAGUAUGUGCCUUUUCAAACAAUGGUCAGACUUCAUAUUCGAUAACCGGCAAUUACAUUACAUUUCAUCAGGAGCAUGUUAGUGCAUUGUUGUUUUCGCGUAACUUAGAUGCCGAUAACAAUACUAAAUUUAGCUGCAGAAACACAAACAUUAUGCAGGAAAAAACGUAGAAUCUUGCCUAUAAAUCUUGUAGCAUCGCAUAACUCCAUUGAACAUUGAACGGCUCGGUGAAAAAUAAAAGUGAUCUGUUUUUUGUUUAGGAAUAAUAUAAAUCCGCGUUCAUCCGAUCGCGAUAUUUGUACGAAGAAAGAGAGAAAGAGAGAGAAAGUAGCGGUUCAUCUUACCUCAUUAGGUUGUCGACGUAGGAAGAUGAGCUCUUUGAAAGGCUUAUUUCGUGUCAUUUGUAAAUCAUACAAGCGGUGACUUUUUUUUUCAAUUAUAAAAAGAUCUACAAUAAUGAUACUAAUAAUACACUAGAGGACAAUAUCCAAAAUUUUCGAUACUUUGCGAUCUAAAUGUACCCAGUUAUUUAUUGUUAAGUAUAUUGCUUAGGUAGUUGGUUACGUGUGAUUGUAUUAAAUCAUAUGUUGAAGAGAAUGUGUACAUAAUUUACUUUGAUCGCUCACUCAAAUAAACAGGUAUAAUUGAUAA